AUGGGUGAUAAACUAGCUGUCGUUACAGGCUCAAAUAAAGGCAUAGGAUAUGCUACAGUUCGACAACUGUGCAAGCGUGGUGUCGGAUAUGUUUAUCUAACCGCGAGGGAUAUAAAAAGAGGCGAAAAAGCAAUUGAAAAUUUAAAAAAGGAAGGUUUUAAGCCUCUUUUUUACCAACUUGAUGUUACGGAUAGGAACAGUGUUAGAACAUUUGCAGAACACCUCAAACAAACGCAUGGAGGCUUGGAUAUCCUUAUUAACAAUGCUGCACUUAUUACAUCCAAUUUCACAGAAACAACUUAUGAAGAUUCGGUACGUGUGAUCGAUGCUAAUUACUUCAGCAUACUAACUAUUCAAGAGUACAUGUUUCCAAUUUUGAAAGAUAACGCACGAGUCAUAAACAUAUCAAGUGAUUGUGGUCAUAUUUCUAAUCUAAAAAAUACCUAUUGGAUCAAUCGACUGACGAAACAAGAUAUUAAGCUGGAUGAUAUAAAUGCAUUCGUAAAUUGGUUUCUGGAUUCUGUUAAGAAUGGAACUCUCAAUGAAGAAGAUUUUCAGGAAAUGCCUUUAUUAGCGUAUAGAAUUUCUAAGAUUGCUCUCUGUUCUUUAACAAGAGUUCAACAAAAAGAAGUAGGUCGAGGUAUAUCUGUGAACUCCUUACACCCAGGGUAUGUUAAGACCGAUAUGACAAAAACUACAGGUUUCUUAACUAUAGAAGAAGCUAGUGAAGCUCCUGUUUAUUUAGCGCUAGAUGUUGAUCAAUCUGUAAAAGGAAAAUACUUCUGGUUUGAUAAAACCGAAAAAGAGUGGGCGGACCCUAAUUUAAAGAUACACAGCACAUACGCUGUUGUUGAGAAAUGUUUAAGAGAACUCAAUAUCAUUCAAUAAGUACUCAUUUAAAUGUAAUAUCUAAAAAUCUUACGAAUUUGGAUGUCAUAAAUAUGUUUCAACACCAUUAAUAAAGUUCAGUGUGUAAAUAAAGUGACCUGAAAUUUUAUUUACUUUUUGGUUAACUUCCCGUUACGUAUAUUUUAUGAAUCCUCACCCAAUUUAAACAAAU